AUGUUUCCUUUGAGCGGCAUUUACCAACAUUUCCCAGAGAACACUUCUGAGAAUAUUUACCAUGAUGAAAACCCGAAUUCCUCAAACCAGGUUCAGCAAUAUUCCCGGUUGGCAUAUUCGAACUUACCGACGAUCUUCGAAGACGAUGGAAUGCUCUUGAGUCACUUGUUGUCCCAAGAGCAACUGAUCUUCGCCGGCAAUAGUACUUCUCACAGUUCGCAAGCUCACACCGACGAGAUCAGCGUUGUGGCUUCAAAUCAAGCAGUACUUGAUCAUCAUCACAGUCCCAGUACUCAUGAAAACCCUUCAAAAUUAGGGUUUACCAAGAAGCAAAGAGCAAAAGUGCAGGCCAUAAUUAGUAUUCCGCGGAGGAGGAUCGGGAAGAAGGACAGGCACAGCAAGAUCUCCACGGCUCAAGGCCUCAGAGACCGGAGAAUGAGGCUUUCGCUUCAAAUUGCUCGAAAAUUCUUCGAUCUUCAAGACAUGCUGGGCUUUGAUAAGGCGAGCAAAACUAUCGAGUGGCUGAUCACGAAGUCGAAGACCGCGAUCAAAGAGCUCAAGGCCAAGCAAAGAUGUUCUUCUACUUCGGAGGGUGUAGUCGUGUCGAAAACCGCGGAGAAGGAAGAUUCCGGUGAUGAUCAUGAUCAUGAUGAGUCCUUGAUUCGGAUGCGUAAAGAGAAAAAGAUCAGAAAAUCACACAAAGUGAUUGCAAGGGAAUCGAGGGAUAAGGCGAGAGCAAGGGCGAGGGAGAGGACAAGAGAGAAAAAUCUUGAAAAAUCGAGACUAAGUACUACUCCCACUACUAGUUCAAGUCCAGAAGCUGCUAAUAACAACACUACCAAUACUAGUGUCGAUUUGGGAAAGUUAAGGCCAAACAAUUCUUCUCUGAAAAUGGGGGCUUCAAGGUUUGAUCAAGAAUUUCCCGGAUCUGAUCAGAUGCUAGAUUACUCAAUAUCAAACCAUAUUGGAGGAAUCUCAAGUGGGGCAAAUUCCGAGGAUGAUUUUCUGGGCUUUCCGGGCAACUGGGACAUUAAUAUCAUCGAUGAAUCCUCAAAAACUGAGUCUUUUUGCGGUAUCACAGUGGCAAACACAAAGCCUGUAGUCAUCGGAAACGUGCGAACUCAGAAUCCUUGUGCCAUUUUCACGACAACCUUAUCAUUCGACACCGAAGAGAAGAAGCCUACUAGCUCGUUUUUCCCGGUUAUCGCCACUUCAAAUGCCCAAAGAGAGAACCCUAGUUCUAUUUUUGUGACAUCGUCAUCAUACACGCAUAUUGUUGAAGAAAACCCUAGCUCCGUUUUCAUGGCUACGAGUACUAUCAGCCAUAAUUACGCUGCCGAGGAACCCUAG